AUGAUAGAUAAAGGAAGAGAGAUCGCAGAUUUCAUACAGAGGAGAAGGAGAACAUCUUGUAAGGAACAUGUUGUAAGGAUAACCAGAAGAAGUGAUAGGAUAAUGGGUGUCCAACUGGAUGCAGGCAAUACCAACGUGGACAUAAUAUAUGCCUACGCUUCACAGGUAGGGUGUGAAGAACAGGAAAAUAAAGAAUUUUGGAGUGCCCUUGAUUGCGAGAUGCUCGAGAUUCCUGUAAACGAAAAUUGCUUUAUUGGAGGUGACUUGAAUGGACAUAUUGGUAGAGAAAAAGCGGGAAUAGAAAGAGUUCAUUGA